CCCGAAAAAGUUGACGUUCCCCACGGCACCCCCCGACCGAGGAUAAAUCAGCCCGGCAGCCACAUUCCAACCAACUGGACCUUUCCUCUAAAUCGAGCACAAUUGAAGACUCUGUGGCUGCAUCCUCAACCAUGCGGGACUCGACCUCUCCCACCCCCGCUCCGGACCAUGCAUCCGAGGACAACCACCAGACCCAGGCGGAUAGCAAAUGGAAAUUCAAGUCGCUCUUGAAGCAGGCGGAACGAUCGCAUCGUCGAUUGCCGGGCAUCAGAAAGGUCCCUCUGCCGGCGAUCGCCAUUAUCCUCUUCAUUGCGUUUCUGAAUGUGGUGGUGUGGGUGGCCGCUGCAAUUGUGUUGCGUUAUCACCCAGCCUUGGUGUCCAAUGCCGUGCUGUCCUAUACUCUCGGAUUGAGACAUGCUUUUGAUGCGGAUCAUAUCUCGGCCAUCGAUCUGAUGACCAGAAGAUUACUGGCCACCGGCCAAAAGCCCGUCACGGUCGGAACCUUUUUCUCUCUCGGUCAUUCAACCAUCGUGAUAAUCACGUCCAUUGUGGUGGCAGCCACUGCGGCGGCCAUCUCCUCGCGGUUUGACAGUUUCAGCACCAUUGGGGGGAUCAUCGGCACCUCCGUCAGCGCGGCUUUUUUGAUCCUCCUGGGCCUGAUGAAUGCCUACAUCUUAUAUAAACUGUACAAACAGCUCCAGAAGGUCAUCGAUCUCCCCGAAGGACAAGAAGAUGAGAUCUGGAAGAUCGAAGGCGGUGGCCUGCUGUUUUCGGUGCUGAAGCGCAUGUUCAAACUGAUUGAUCGGCCUUGGAAAAUGUACCCCCUUGGCAUCCUAUUUGGCCUUGGCUUUGACACAUCCUCGGAAAUUGCGCUUCUUGGUAUCUCGUCUGUCGAGGCUGCCAAAGGCACUAACUUUUGGGUUAUCUUGAUUUUCCCCGCACUAUUCACCGCUGGAAUGUGUCUCCUCGAUACCACCGACGGAGCCUUGAUGCUUUCUCUUUACGUCCAGCCGUCGGCCAACUUUCUCCCCGCAAAGAGUGAUGAUGCGUCAACAGCACCCCUGAUGGAUGACGGUCAAGAAGUUGAGCCAUCCAAGAACCACCGGGACCCGGUGGCGUUCUUAUACUACUCCAUUGUCUUGACGUGUCUCACGGUGAUGGUGGCCAUUGUCAUUGGCGUGAUCCAGCUGCUCACUCUCGUUCUGAACGUUGCGAACCCCACGGGCAAAUUCUGGGAUGGCGUACAGGUGGCAGGCGACUACUAUGAUGCCAUUGGCGGCGGAAUUUGCGGCUGCUUUAUCAUCAUUGGUGGCCUCAGUGUGGUGGUGUACAAGCCGUGGAGAAGAUGGAUUGCUCGGAGACACGGCAAAACGAUUGUGACGGAUGUAGAAGGCUACCGGGACGAACCUGCUGCCACCCGACCAGACACACCAAUUCUCGAUGAAGGGAGAGACGGUACCCCUUCGGUCAGCUAUGGAGCUGCCGGCAAGGGAGCCACGUCGGUUACAGUGGAACCGGUGGGUGGCCCUGCACGGUGAGCAGCAAGGAGUUACUAUCCAGGCAGCUUGGGGAGCUAAUGAGAUAUGAGUAUGCAUACAAGCAUAUACGAGGAUAUGCCGGUGGAUCUAUGAGGCUAUGUUUGAUGAUAUAGAAAAGUUUUGUUUUUCCUUUGUGAUGAUGAUGCCUUCGUAUCGAGGCGCCGGUGGGGCUGCCCCGCAAUCUGUGUAUGCCUCAGGCAGUAACAGGAACGCGAUUGACGUCAGCCAUCGCGAGUCCGUUUCUUUCUUUUCUUCACAGCCACGCAGUCCUCAGCCAACCACAAUGGUUUCAUCGCAAUG